AUGUACGACUUGGAGCGUGGCUGGAACCUGACCUUCGUGGGCUGCGGCUUCCUGGCCUUCUACUACCUCGGGGUGACCCGCUGCCUGAACGAGCGCGCCCCGCACCUGAUCCGCGACGCCCGCAGGUUCUACUGCUCCUCGUCGGGCGCGUUGUUCUGCGUCGCCGUUCUCAGCGGGUUUCCGCUGGACCGGACUGUCAAGCUCUUAUUCGACAUGGUCUUGAUGGUCAGGAGUUACAAGCUUGGACUCUUCCAGCCGUCCUUCAACAUACUGAAGUACCUCCAGGACCAGUACCGCAAAUACCUUCCAGAUAACAUCCACCAGCGGAUCUCGGGCAGGAUCUUUAUCUCACUCACCAGGGUGCCCGACGGGGAGAACGUGCUGGUUUCUGACUUCAGGUCUAAAGAGGAAGUCAUAGAGGCCUUGGUUUGUUCCUCCUUCGUUCCUGGUCUGUUCGGCCUCAUCCCCCCUUCCUUCAGGGGCGAGCGAUAUGUGGAUGGAGCACUGAGUAACAACAUGCCGCUGUCCGAGUGCCAGACCACCAUCACUGUGUCCCCCUUUUGGGGGGAGUAUGACAUCUGCCCCAAGGUCCGGUCCAUGAACUUUCUGCACGUGGACCUGUACCGACUCAGCAUACGUGUGUGCUUGACCAACAUCUACUUGAUGCUUAGGGUCUUCUGCCCACCUGACCUCGAGGUGCUGGGAGAGCUAUCCCUUCGAGGCUACUUAGAUACCUUCAGAUUCUUGGAAGAGAAAGGCAUCUGUGAUAGGCUGGGACCGGCCCUGAAUUUAGCUUCGGAGGAGAUAGACUCAGAGGCCAGCUGCCAGGACGAGAGAAGCCUGGAGCCUCCCGGGGAAACCUUGGAGACGAAGCCUGGGGGAGAUGAGGUGCUGGAUCAUCUGCGCCUCAACUUCCUGCUCUGGGAUGAGCGCAUGCUGGAGAUCUUGUCCCCCAGGCUCAUGUCAGGUAUGUGACCCCAGGGACAAGAGGGCGCUGACGAGGGUGGCUACAUGAGCAGACUCUACAGCUUCUUACCCAUCAAGAUACUGUCCCAUCUGCUGCUGCUCUGUACCCUGCCUGUGGAGACUGUGAUCAUGUGGUUCCACAGACUGCUGCUGUGGCUCCCCUCCCUCCCCGAGGACCUGCGGUGGAUGAGGUGUGCCACCGUCCAUGUGUGCUCCCUAAUGAAGGAAUACCUGUACCCCACCUCCAGGCAGCCUGCUUGGCUGGUCUCAGGCUAUGCAGCAAGGACCUGCCUUGGCCAUCGCCUCCCUCCCACGGAGGACACCGCGCCCCGAGGGGCUCAGGCCUUAAGCCUGGCGGUGCAGCAGGCACCCCCCGGGACCGGUCCCGCGGGCUUCAACUUCCGGCGUCUAUAUGAAGAUCCAGGUCACAGAGUCAACAGAACCAAUGAGCGGAGGGGCCAGUGCUGCGUGGGCGGGGCGGAGGCGGGGCAUCAUGGCCGCGUCCCGCGCUCCGCGGCGGACAGCUUGUGA